UUAAGAUGCGUGUCUUUCUCUGUCCCACCUGGGCAGCCAGCCCUGGGGAGUGUGAAUGGUGUUUGGGAGAAGGAAGGGAAGCACUGCGGUAGCCAGAGCCUUUUAGUCGCCCACUGGCUAGCGGUUGGCGACUGGGGUAGGCCUGGGGCCAUAAAUGUGCCACAUCCUUGAUUGCUGGUAGAAAAAAAGCCUCGGAAAGCUCCAGCCAUGGAUAUAUUUGGAGACCUGCGGCGAAUGAACAAGCGCCAGCUCUAUUACCAAGUUUUAAAUUUUGCUAUGAUUGUGUCUUCGGCAUUAAUGAUCUGGAAAGGCCUCAUCGUUAUCACUGGAAGUGAGAGCCCCAUUGUAGUAGUACUCAGUGGCAGCAUGGAGCCAGCCUUCCACAGAGGAGACCUACUGUUCUUGACAAACUUCAGAGAUGACCCCAUCAGGGCUGGGGAAAUCGUGGUUUUUAAAGUCGAAGGCAGAGAUAUUCCAAUUGUGCACAGAGUAAUCAAGGUUCAUGAAAAGUUUUUGCCAUAUGUUGGAAUGGUGACCAUAAUAAUGAAUGACUAUCCAAAAUUUAAGUACGCUCUCCUGGCAGUAAUGGGUGCAUAUGUACUACUGAAACGAGAAUCAUAGAAGAACAUGGGAUUGCCUUGCACAGAGAUCUAUGAAGAGAUACUAAUAUAUUUGAAACAUCCCUGUGUCUGUAUAUAGCAUUAUGUGAUGUGCAAACAACAUUGCUUUGUCAACAUAAAUUUUCCUCAUUUGUGCCCACAAUUCUAAAAAAAAAGUCCUUAUAUGUAAACUUUCAUUGGGAUGAGCUUUCUGAGUAUUCAUACAACUGCAGCCUCUAUGGAUUAUAGCACUGUCCAUUGUUGUUUGGGUCAUGUUAUUUCUUUGGUUUUCUCCAUGCCCACACAAUUGUGGUUAAUCAAGGACAGUGGUGCAGAAUUACUGGUAGGAAAGUGAUUGGAAACAGUUACGCAGUCAGUUAUCAUAUGUGUAUGUUGGUCUGAUAAAAGAUUCCUAAAUUUUCCUUAUUAGCCCAAAAUAGCUAAUAGUGAAGUAUGCUAGCACAGUGGUUCCCAACCUGUGGGUCUCCAGAUGUUUUGGCCUUCAACUCCCUGAAAUCCUAACAGCUGGUAAACUGGAUUUCUGGGAGUUGUAGGCCAACACGCCUGGGGUCCCACAGGUUGAGAACCACUGUACUGGCAAGAUCAUACUCCAAAUAUUUCCUUCCUUCAUUGAGUCAUGAAUGAAAGUUGAAAGGUUCCUAGUCACUAUUUCUUAACAGUAGUCUACUACCAGUUCCUAGCUCUCCUCCUGCUUCAUGAAAUCUCUGGAUCUUUCCUCAAGCAUUUCCUCCCCAUUCUUCUGAAUGAGUUCACCAGAUACCCUAGUGUCUCAUCCCUGUUCUCAGAACAACCUUUGAAAAGUAAAUAGCAGGUUGUUAAACAAAGGUUUUUUCAAGAGUGCUGCUAUUGAAACAGGCUCCCAAGGAAGGUCCACAGAAGUGCUCUGUGAAAUGGCAUCUGUGUGUUAUAUAAUACUAUAGCUUGUUGCAGAUGAAAUAUACUUUGUAAAGCUGCUCAUGAUCUGCCACUCAAUUGUUAAUUAUAUUGAGAGCACUCUUGUCCUUUGAGGCCCAUUCUUGGCAUUUCACAACCCUUUGUGGCCUUAGAGAAGUCCCUUUAACCUUGUGGAUAUUUCUUUUUAUUUUUCAGAACUAUUUCUCACGUUUUUGCAUAAUCACGGAUACAAAUGUGUCAAUUCCACAUUCCAUCUGCCUUUCGAAAAAGAAAAAGGGAAAAAAGGAAACUCUCAACUGCUAAAUCUAUCUGAUAAUGUUAAAUGGGGUGGACUUUUUUGUUAUGAAAUGUGCCCCAAAAUAUCUCUUCCUUUGUCUUAUCAUGCUAUGCAAUAAUAUCAUGAAAAGAUCGAUGUCUUGUUUAUAUGACUUGACUGGUUUUAUUUCAGUCUUUUGCAGGAUCAUUUUUAUGCUUGGCUGUUUGAAAAUAAUGUUGGCUUUCUAUCCUUUGGUUUUUCCGUUCUUAUUCCUGUGAGGCACAGUUAGGUUCAUUUACUGUAGAACUCACACAUUCACUGAGGUUAAGGCUUAGGAACACUGCAAAAAAAUAGGAGAAAGUGAAUUAAAACACUAUUUUUUCACCCUAAAAAAGGCCCUCCAGUGCAACACUGUGAUCAAAUUCCUCCAGAUGAGUAGUUGAAAUGGCGAAGACAACCUAUAGGACUCACAGUUUCUUCCUAGUUUCAGCUGUCUUUAGAAGACUGCAAACAUGCUGAAAAGUAUGCGAGAGAUUGGAAUCUGUUAAUUUGGGACAUUCAAAAUGUGUCACAUUCUUUGGACUGGAUACAUUCAAAAGGACACAGGUAUUAUCAGUAUCUGGAAGAUCAUGUACCUGUCUACUGUGAAGAUGUUAAAGGUGAGAAGUCAGUGAGAAAAAGCAGGAUCAACUCUCAUUCAGUAUCACAAACAUAACCGAAUAGAUAAGAAUCAAAAGAUUGAAGAGCUAAGCAUGCAAACAUUCUGGCUGCUUGGGUGAUUCUGUUUGCUCUUACAUUUAAAUUCUUUUAGUCUCUCAAGUUCUUAAUAGUAUGUUUAUGAAGCUUUUGGAAAGCCAUGCUGGUUAAACUCCUUACCUAUUCCUAGCAGACAAAGCACACUGACAUUUCAAAAGUGGUUUUGAGAAAUCCAGUAUGUUCUUAGAGUCAUACUCCAAAAAAGUAACUUCUUCAAACCUGGUGUCUUGCUUAAUGCUUCAGAAAACCAGAAUCAAUGCAGUAAAAUAAUAAAAGUUGAAAAAUAAUACUACAAAAUAA